GUUACAGUUUAGUUUGCGUCCGGUGCUGACAGUGAACGGUUCGGUCUGGAAAAACUGGAAUCGAAUUUUCCUAACCGGCCUAAAGAGAGAGAGAGUGCUUGAGUCGGGAAAACUACUCCAGUGGUGCACUUGUGUUUUGUUAAAGAAAGUUGACUUGAAAAAAAAGCUGAAAGGAUUUACUAAGUUGUGACAGACUACAAGUAUUUAAGAAGUGAAGUUUUAUUAAAAAAGUGAAAAGUAAAAAUCAAAUCAAAUAAAAGUGUGCUUCGUAAUAGAGGACUAGCGUAUAAACAAUGAAAAACAUAAACUAGUGAACAGUUCAGUGAAAUUUGACGAUACGUUUCCUCGAAGGGACAACGGCGAUAUCAAUCGAUAAAUCAAAACCCGGCACUAGCUAGGCACUCAGCCGACAGGUACGAAGCAGUAGGAAAGCUAGCUCUUCUUCCCGAUCAUCUGGUAGCCCUGUCUAUUUUCCCGCUUUUCCCUCGUGCCGACAGUGACAAAUAGAAGCCAGGGCCGGUUGAAAAUUUUGUGAAGCGAUCGCCACUCAAAAAAUGCUGACCGUGCCGAUGCCUUAAGGGCUGGACGGUUUUGUGUGCUGUUCAAGAAAAACCAGUGCGAGGAAGAAAACACACACGCUGUGCAAACGGGAAAAAGACAAGGAAAAUUUUCGGCACACCUUCAGCACGAUGUGAACGGACCGGUGUCUUACCUUUGUGGGACGUGUCUCCUCAGGCAUAGUGCGAUCUUCAGCUCCACACGGUGCGUUCGUUAAGCGGCGACUGUUCGGAUGGUAGUCGGAAAAAGCGUGCUAGACCCACUCACGAUGGUGCAGGAACGCCCGAACAACGUACCCGAAGAGCUCUACAAUCUCACCCAGCUGGCCGAUGUAUCGAUAGCGGCGGGUAGACUAACGACCGCCAGCCCAUCCGCAUCGUCGUACUACGAAUCGUACUACCUGAACCAGGGGACGACCAAGCUCUACAGUCCGAUAAAGUACAACAUCCUGCGUCACUGUGACUCAUCGACGAAAAUGAUCACCAGCGCCGUCACACCGCACGCUACCGGUGCCCUUACGACCCCGGCUUAUCACACCCCAAAGCACACCGAACCACAUGCAAUCAUUCUAGAAGAGAUAGAUAAAGGCUACGUCACACGGUGUUCGCCACUGUACCCGGUGGCGGGUGAAUCGAUCUCCCAUCAGCUGCACACACCGUCCGGAGACGACGGUGACGCCUCGAUGGCUGCUGUACCGGCCAAAAAGAAGUGGACCAAGAAGUGGGAAAUAAUCCAUGGUCCGGUAAGUCCUGGUGGACCUCAAGCAAGCCAACAGCAGCAGCAGCAGCAGCAACAGCCGGAAGAAUCCCUGUACAUUGUUCGACCGGUGCAGGUAGAGCAGCAAUCCUCGGUACCGCAUGUGUCGUCCGAGCUGCUACCGACCCUGUCCGUAGGUGAUAACGAACGGUCGGGGUUAAUCUAUUAUGCGCCGACGAUAAAACGUGUCGACGAUGGUGAUAAGGAGUGCCGGAAGGAUAAGGAGAUACAGCUGUACACUAUAAUAGAAUGUCCUGAGCUUCAGGAACCGGUCAGUUGCUUCGGCAACGGCCAGCAGGCCACAACCUUCAGCGGUGCAUCGUCGUCGGAGGAAUCGCAGGACUCGGGCCCGGUCGAAGGCUAUUCGCAUAAGGUGUUUGAUCGGAAAACGGCACGCAAGAUCCGUACGGUUUCGUCCAGGAGUAGUGACAGUACGGUGAGCGUGGAACGGAGUGUACUUGACACGGCUGGAACUAUCGAAGAGCUGAUGAUCGUUCCACUGGAGGAAUCGUCCGAAUCGGUGAUGCGAAGCAGUAAUGAUGCUGAGGAACCUCAGGAUGAUCAGAGCGUACGGGGUGGCAGCAGUGAGGAGACCACCAACUCUCGUCCGGAAGAUGUCCAUGUGUGUCCCGAGUGUAAUAAACGCUACUCGACCUCCUCCAACCUGGCAAGACAUCGUCAAACACACCGUUCCCUAGAGGAUCAGAAAGCUCGUCGAUGUCCGUACUGCUCGAAGGUGUACGUUUCGAUGCCGGCCUACUCGAUGCACGUCCGGACGCACGACCAGGGCAGCAAGUGUCCGACCUGCGACAAACGCUUCUCCCGCCCCUGGUUGCUGCAGGGCCACAUCCGCACACAUACGGGCGAAAAGCCGUUCAAGUGUAACGUGUGCAGCAAAGCGUUCGCCGACAAGUCCAACCUGCGAGCUCACGUACAGACGCACUCGAACACGAAACCGUACCAGUGCGGACGGUGCGGUAAAUCGUUUGCCCUCAAAUCCUAUCUCUGCAAGCACGAGGAUUCAUCCUGUCUGAAGAACGACAAGCCACAGAAGGUACGGAAAGCUCCGACCGGUGGUGGUGGUGGCCGUAUUCGACGCAAACCUGCCCGUAGCGAUCAUACGGACACGAUCACUACACCGGCUGCUUCGGAGAGAGGAUCCUCUGUACCUAGCGGCGGUUCUGGGACUAGUAGCAGCGCGAACUCGGGUGUGAUUGAACAACCGCACGAUACCCGGUACAACUAUCCUUCGAAUGUACCCUUCAAAGAUGUGCUACGGGCGAAGAUCCGAGAGGUAGUGGAGGACAACUGCAAACGAACGGCACGGCUUCGGGCGGCUACAAAUGGCACACAGCCGGGACACAACGUUGCCCCACGGGAACCUACGCCCCAGAGCAAUCGGAUCAGCGUCAUCCGGAUGGCUGGCACUCCGGGAGGAUACGCCCUGGAGGGAACGAAUAUGUCCACCAGUAGCAGCAGUACCGAGUACGCGCAAAGCUAUGCCGUGAUUGCGUGAGGAUGAGAACGGGAAGCGAUCCGUUCCUGCACGCGAUGUCGUGUUGAUCUCUUGUGAAACUAAGUAUUUCCCCGUUCUGUUCUGGCGGCUUGCAGCCGGCGAGAGAAGAGCUAUUUAUUUAGAGUACGAUUUAGGGUGUAGCUUAAGUAUGGUGGUACACUAGCCGUAGCUCACUACAGGAAACCUCCAAUCUCGAAUAAGACUUUCGUGUAAGUUCCUUAGCGUUAGUGUGUGUGGGGCCGUCUAGUGUGUAAGCCAUUGUGAGUGAAGCUGAUCCCAUCUAACUCCAAUCAAACAGCUACAAUCCAAAGCAAUAGUGUUAGGUUCUCUCGAGCGAGUUCGUUACAGCUCGAACUGUAACAUCCGUUAUGCCUUUUCGGGGACAAAAUUCGUCAAAACGACGACCUCCAGUAAUAUUCCGGCUGUCGAUUAGGAUAAGGUUUCUCUUACGGUUUGGUUUUUGGUUGUAGUUUUGUAGCACAUAGAUGUUUAACGACAUUUUAUGAACAGGACGAGAAUGGUCUAGUCUGAUUUUGAUUUACUUUGCGCAUUUCGAUUUGCUUCACUGGCCGGCCGGUCUGCUGCUGCCAAAGGAUUGCUACAGCGCAAUGCUGAUUAAAUCCGCGGCAGUCCGCUCGGUCAGCAGUUUUGCUUUUGCUAGGGUUAGUAUUUUUUUGGUUUAAGUUGUAGAAUUUAUGUUUUAUUUAUUGCUUUAUUGAUUUCAUCGUUUUAUUUUAAAAAUUAUUUUCAUAUCAUUUACAUAUCAUUUUUACGGAAAACGAAAGCUGAAGAGCUGGUGCUAGUAAGUAGGGAUCGUGGCAGGUAUGCUAUAUACCUUUGCUGAAGCGCUGGGAAGGCUGCAAUAAGUGUCAUAGGAUAAGUUCAAAUUCCUUGCUUGUUUCGAAGGAUUUAUAAUGAUAAGAUGUUUUUUUUAAAUUCUGUUAAGCAAAUCUUCUACGAAGUGAUAGGACUGUUAGCAAUGUAAGGUUUAUAAGACAUUUACAAGAUAAGUGAAUAAACGAUUUUUAACAAAACCGAA